CGGCGUCUCUUUUUUACUUUUGCCUCCAUCAAAUCAUCACCACCACUAUACACACCACAGGUCCACACCACCAACAUCAACAACAACACAGAAGAGAGUUACAGAUAGUAAUAACAAAUAAAAAGAACGUUACUCUGUGCUUUCUCUUCUCCACUUACUUUACUUACCUUUUCUUUGUUGUUAGUUACUACCAAUUAUACUGAAUUGGAGAUUAAUCAAUAAUGUGUGUUGCCAAAUUAAGAUCUGUGUGAAAUUUCCGAUUUGGGAACAAUGGGUAGUGUUUCGUCUGAAGACGUUUCUGAGCGAUGUGGAAGUUAUAGUCCGAGUGCUGACAUCAGCGAAUCGGAAAGUUCUAGUAGCUUCUAUGGUCGCCGUUUCGAUGCCGAGGGAGCUUCGAGCUCUGCUAAUCUCUCGCCGCGUCAACUCGCCGCGCAUUUCAACUUACCGACGGCAGCGCAAGUCAUGCUUCCGGUUAUCGGUGGUAAAGACGUCGUCGUUUGGGAUCAUAAGCGUGACCUGGAUUUGUCCGAAGUUGAAAUGAUGAAGGAAAGAUUCGCUAAGCUGCUUUUAGGAGAAGACAUGUCUGGUGGUGGUAAGGGGGUUUGUACUGCACUUGCGAUCUCUAAUGCAAUCACGAAUCUCUCUGCGACCGUGUUUGGAGAGUUAUGGAGGUUGGAGCCAUUAGCACCACAGAAAAAAGCGAUGUGGCGUAGGGAAAUGGAAUGGCUUCUAUGUGUGAGUGAUUCGAUUGUUGAGCUUGUGCCUUCUGUGCAGCAGUUUCCAGGUGGUGGAACUUAUGAAGUGAUGGCGACGCGGCCUAGGUCUGAUUUGUACAUCAAUCUUCCUGCUUUGAAGAAACUUGAUGGGAUGUUGCUAAGUAUGCUGGAUGGGUUUUGUGAUACACAGUUUUGGUAUGUUGAUAGAGGGAUUGUGUUGGCUGAUUCGAAGGAUUGUGAUGAGUAUGGUAGACCUUCUGUUAGGCAAGAAGAGAAAUGGUGGCUUCCUUCUCCUAAGCUUCCGCCAAAUGGGUUGUGUGAGGAUGAUAGGAAAAGGUUGCAACAGUGUAGGGAUUGCACUAACCAGAUACUUAAGGCUGCCAUGGCAAUUAAUAGUUCUGUUCUUGCUGAAAUGGAAAUUCCUGCUGCUUAUGUAGAAUCUUUGCCAAGGAAUGGCAAAGCUUGUCUAGGGGAUAUAAUUUAUCGGUACAUAACUGCUGGCCAGUUCUCAGCUGAAUGUCUUCUUGAUUGCCUGGAUCUAUCAUCUGAGCAUCACACACAGGAUAUAGCUAAUAGAAUUGAGGCUGCUAUACAUGUAUGGAGGUUGAAAGACGUACAAAGACUUAAAAAUUCGGCGAAAGCCCGUCUGUCUUGGAGUGGAAAGGUAAAGAGCCUUGUUGCUGAUGGUGACAAGAAUCAUUUUCUUGUCCAACGGGCAGAGACACUACUGCAAUGCUUGAAACACCGUUUUCCUGGGCUCCCUCAAACAGCACUAGAUAUGGCCAAGAUACAAUACAAUAAGGAUGUAGGACAGUCCAUUCUUGAAAGUUAUUCCAGGGUAACAGAGAGCUUGGCUUUUAACAUAAUGGCCAGAAUCGAUGAUGUCCUUUAUGUAGACGAUACUAUAAAACGAUGCGCAGCUGCAGAUUCUAUCUUGUUCGGCAGGGGUGGUUUUGGUGGUAUGCCUAUCCAAAAGCGAAUGACUCCCAGCCCUUUCUCAAUCCAACACACCCCCUUCGCAUCUCCUUUUGCCACCCCAACAUUUUGUUCCUCCUCUCCUGCUAGUGGAAGCCCUUGCAGUCCAUAUAGGACACACACUGUUAAGCGAAAUGCCAAGGGAAAAGAUUCCAAGGCUGAAAAGUUGGCCUCAACCGAUUUUGAGAAGGUAUGGUCAUACACCGGAAACCUUGGUGUAAGAAGAGUUUCUGGCGAGGCUCCAGAAAGAGACUAAGAUCUAGACUUAGUAUGAUCUUUUAACUUGAAUCCAGAGCAGGUCAGUAGAGUCAUCUUUGGUUGUCUUCUAAAAGCAGAUCAGGUUAAUGUUUUGGUACCGUCGCUGUAUAUGAGGGUAUAAUUUUUGUAUAUUCGUAGGCAGUAUGAGUAGAGAUUUAUGAAGAAAAAUUAUGCCCUUGGAAUUAAUUAAAAAUGUCUCCUCUCAAGUAUAAAUUUCUGGAGGCUGCCCACAA